AUGUUCAGAAACAACUACGACAACGACUCGGUGACGUACUCCCCCACGGGCCGUCUAUUCCAAGUCGAAUACGCCCUCGAGGCAAUCAAACAAGGCAGCGCCGCCGUGGGCCUCACCUCGAAAGACCACGUCGUGUUAGUGGCCCUCAAGCGAAACGCGGAAGAACUAGGCUCAUACCAGAAGAAAAUCAUCAAGAUAGACGACCACAUGGGCGUAGCGCUUGCGGGGCUUGCCCCCGACGCGAGGGUCUUGUCGAAUUUCUUGAGGAAGCAAGCGAUGCAAUGCCAGAUGAUCUUCAACCGCCCCAUCCAGACGUACAAGGCCGCGUUGACGAUCGCGGACAAGGCGCAGGAGAAUACGCAGAGCUACGGCGCGAGACCCUAUGGGGUCGGGUUGUUGAUUGCCGGGUACGAUGAGACGGGCGCGCACUUGUUGGAGUUUAUGCCCUCGGGGUCGGUGCUUGAAUAUUAUGGCGCCGCCAUUGGCGCACGGUCCCAGGCGGCGAGAACGUAUUUGGAGCGGAACUUGGACGCGAUCAAGUCGAGCGCCACGGUGGAGGAGUUGAUUGUGCAUGGGUUGUAUGCGUUGAGGGACACGUUGAGCCAGGAUGUCGAGUUGACGUUCAAGAAUACUAGCGUUAGUGUUGUGGGUAAAGACCAGGAGUUUGUGUUGUACGAUGAUGAAAACGUCCAGCAGUGGUUGGACAAGUUGGACGGGGUCACGAAUGAGAGAAGCAGGACGGAUGGUGGUAGCAGUGGCGGUGACGGUGACGGCGACGGCGACGGCGACGAUGAUGGUGAUGGUAACGGCGAUCACGGUAAAAGUGCAGGGGACAAGAAAGAAGAGACAAAGCAACAGCCGGCUGAUGAAGAUAAAAUGGAAACGGAUGAAUAG